CACUUCAGUCUUCAACUCCAAUCCUCCAUAAACUCAUAAACAGACUUUUCUUUUGUCCUUUAAAGACUCAAAUCGAGAUCCAAAUUCGUGCAAGUGGGGUUAUUUCUCAGCCUAAUCUAUGCAAGAAUGGUCGGAUUCAGGUUAGUGUUCCUCGUACAAAAAAUGCGUCUUUUUUACUUUUGUGAUCUCCCCAAUACCCCCUAAACCACAAGAUUGAACUUCUCCUUUUUGUUGACUUCUGAAACUGCAAUUUAUGAGAUUACAGAAAUUGGGUUUUUAAAAUUUUUGUCUUUUGAUUCGCUUAUAGCUGAGAAAUCUUGAGGAAAGUUGGGAUAUUUGACAAUUGGCAACCAUGAAACUUGUUUAUUUUGCUAUUGUCGUGUGGACUCUGUGUGGGUUGUUGGGUUUUGGGUUUUCAUUACCUGAUAGUUGGGUAGAAAUAGAACAAGAAGAACCAACUGAGGUUAGAAAUGAAUCUCCAGUGACCUAUAAGUAUGAUCGAAUCGAUGAAGUGAAAGAAGAAUGUAAAUCUGUUCUGUCUUCUGCUUCUGAACUGAGCCCUGAAGAUAGCAGUGUUUAUAGUAUCAAAAGACAGAUUUCUUUUAAGAAUGGGGAUUGGAUUCAGGUAAAUGGAAAAGCCCCAAUCAUGCCAUUUGAUGUUAGAUAUAAAGAGAAUGCAUAUCAGUCUGAUAGGUACUUUUCAACAGUCCCUACUGAGGGUAGUGAUCCAUUGAACCUGGUUUCUUUCUGGGUUAAGGAUGUUAAUCUUGCCCAUCGAUCGAAGAACUCAGUGAGUGUUAGCGGAUUGAUGACUAUUGGCAUCACUGCUAAUGGUAAUUUUGGGGAUUACGGUUAUGAUCAAAAUUCCCACUUUGGGAUUGGGCCUGGGCAGUCUGAACUCACAAUUCACUUCCAAGGGAUUUAUACUGAAUCGAAAAGGAAUGGUGGGGAGAGAGUGGUUUGCAUGUUGGGGAACACGAUGUUGCCUGAUCGGGAGAUUAAUAACCCGUCCAGUCAUCCAUGGGAAUGGGUUAAUGCUUCUAAACCUUAUGAGAAUCAGCAGCCUCCUUUGUUGGAGGAUGACAGAAUUCUGCUCGUUCUUCGCUUUCCGAAGAAGUUCACUUUGACAAGCAGGGCCAUCCGAGGGGAAAUGAGAAGUUUGAACCCAAAAUCAAGCGAUAAGUACUUUGAUCAUGUUCGUGUAACUUCUCAGUUGGGAAGUUCAGCAAACUACGAAUUCACCUCGGAGAAAAUAGUGUCAAAGGCAUGUGAUCCUUAUCCUUACAAGAAUGGUACUGCCGUGAUUCCAGUCUACAAGGGAAAUCGGUUCUGCAAAAUCAUUAAAGGGGUUACCCGGCAACAAGCUUUCACUGUUCUGCCAAACUGGCAGUGUGAUGGGGAAGACAAUUUCUGCAGUAAGUUGGGUCCAUUUGCAAGUGCAAACAAAGGGAUCAAUGCGACCAAUGGCGGUUUUAAAGGGGUCAAUCUUUAUCUGCAAGUCAUUAAGUGUGACCAAAAAACAGUCAAUAGAUAUGACUCUUCUGCAAGGGUUUCAGCUGUCUUUAGAGCUUCUCCCCCCUCGGAGAAUCGAUAUACUGCAGCAAUGAGAUCCGGGCUUGGCAACAUGACUGUUGCUGCUGAGGGAAUAUGGAAUUCUGCAAGUGGGCAGCUUUGCAUGGUUGGUUGCCCUGGAAUUGUUGAUGCUGAAGGGAAUGCAUGCGAUUCUCGGAUAUGUUUGUACAUACCAAUCUCAUUUUCCAUUGAGCAAAGAAGCAUAAUGUACGGGACCUUUUCCAGCCUUAGUACCAAGCCUCCAUCAUACUUUCCUCUCUCAUUUGAAAUGCGAAUACUGCAGCCUUCAGAGCUUUGGAAUUACUUCCAAUUCUCCCGUCCAUCCUACAAUUACACAAAGUCGGGUUUGGCUGGUGCCUUGUUAGAAAGAAACGAAGAAUUCAGUUUUCGUACUGUGAUCAAGAAAUCGUUGCUGCCUUUCCCCAAGCUAGAAGACUCUGAAGCUUUCGAAGUUAGUCUUUCUGUCCUCUCAGAAGAUCUCUCACUUCUAACUGCUGCAGUUCCUCAUUCGAAAACUACCAAUGCUCGGCCGUCAAGAACUGAGAUUCAGAUGGAUAUCCUCUCCGUUGGUCCCUUAUUCAGGCAAUAUUGGUCAAUUAGUUCCAAUUCCACUGCAGAGGAAGCUCCUUACCGUACAAAGGCGCAAUACUCAGAUAAUCAGCUUCUCCUGAAUGUAUCUGCACAGCUCUUUAUCACUGGAAAGGAAUACAACAACGUUUCCGCUCUUUUCUUGGAGGGGCUUUAUGACCAGCGUGUUGGAAAGAUGUAUUUACUUGGCUGCAGGGAUGUCCGAGCCUCGUGGCAAGUCUUACACGACAGCAUGGAUCUUGAUAAUGGUCUGGAUUGUUUGAUCGAGGUGAUUGUGUCGUAUCCUCCAACUACUUCUCGGUGGUUAGUCGAUCCAACGGCCAGCAUUUCCAUAGCCAGCCAAAGGAACGACGAUGAUCCCCUCCGUUUUAGUCCAGUCAAGCUCCGAACUUUCCCAAUCUCUUACAGGAGGCAGAGAGAAGAUAUCCUCUCUCAAAGGGGCAUCGAGGGGAUCCUCCGGAUUUUGACUCUUUCGCUGGCGAUUGCUUGCAUCACAAGCCAGUUGUUUUACAUCAACCAAAAAACGGAUUCUGUUCCUUUCAUGUCCCUUGUCAUGCUCGGUGUAGAAGCAAUUGGGUAUCUCAUUCCUCUUGUCACAGACGCAGAAGCUCUCUUCAAGAAGGAAUCUUCAGAUCGAUCAUUUGAAUCAUCGUCCUAUGAUCUCGAGAAUAGUAGAUGGUUCCACGUACUCGACUACAUGGUGAAGCUUCUGGUAAUGGCAGCAUUACUACUCACUCUGAGGCUUUGUCAGAAGGUGUGGAAAUCUCGGGUCAGAUUACAAACUCGAGCUCCUCGCGAACCUCAUCGUGUCCCCAGUGACAAGAAGGUGCUUGUGUCCACCUUGGUGAUACACAUAAUUGGAUAUAUACUAGUCCUAAUUCUUCACAGCAUGGGAAUUGGUCAAAAACCAAUUCUAAGAAGAAGCUACGCAUUUUCACAAGGAAGCUCUCACGUCCUGAGUGAAUGGGAAAUUGAGCUAGAAGAAUAUGUUGGCCUUGUCCAAGAUUUUUUCCUGCUUCCACAAAUCAUCAGCAAUAUAAUCUGGCAGAUCGAUUCUAAACCACUUAGAAAGCUAUACUACAUUGGGAUCACAGUUGUUAGACUUCUCCCGCACCUCUAUGAUUAUGUUAGAGCUCCUACUCGCAAUCCUUACUUCCGUGAGGAGUACGAGUUUGUUGAUCCAAGCAUGAAUUUCUACUCCAAGUUUGGGGACAUCACGAUUCCUUUGACAGCCAUUGUUCUGGCAGCUUUAGUUUAUGUUCAGCAGAGAUGGACCUACGAGAAGCUCAGCCGGAGCCUGACCUUGGGACGGUGCAGGCUUCUUCCGUCGGCAUCUAGGAUGUACGAAAGGCUGCCUUCCAAUUCCAAGGCAUUCGAAGCCGAGCUUGCUUCUGGAGCCAACGGGAGUGCUUCAAAUGAGGAAGAACAUGAUCUGGAAUGAUAUUGACUUGUUGAGUCCUUUCAAAACCAGAGUCGUAAAAAUAUAUGCGUACCUUAGGUGUGAGUUCGGAUGGCUGAUGUUGACUAUUAAUAAAAGAGCGAAAUUAAGGUCUUGAUCUGCAUGUUUUCUGAGCAUUUUAUAUUUGAUAUGUUGGAUGUUUUGUGUAGAUGAUCUUUUUCAAAGCUCAACUAUCUGAAUGACAUCUAAAAUUGAACU